GCCGGCUGCCCUGGAUCGGUUGCACCGGGCCCUGGGCUUCCUCGGUCGGAUGAGGACGAGGGCCACGGCCCAGGCCGUCGGCGGUGUGAUUGGAGAGACCGCUCCCCCCGGGAAGAGCUGUCCGGCCUUUCGGAGUUCCCUGCGGGGGAUGCUGUGCCUGGGGAGGAGGGACGUGGAGGUGACCGGAGGUGACAGUGAGCCAUGCACGUCCAACCGGGGAGGAGGCCCAGCCCCCCAAGAAGAGUACGACAUGUCCGGGGCUCGGGUGGCCCUGACCCUCUGCGUCUUUCGGGACCGGGCUGGAGCCGAGCGGGACGUGGAGGCCCUGGAGAGAUUGUGCCGGACUCUGGGCUUCGAGAGCAGCGUGAGGAGGGAUCCCACCGCCCAGGAUUUUCGGGAUGAGAUGGCCCAGUUCCGGGCCAAGUUGGAUGGCCGUGGGGCCCCGGUGAGCUGUGCCCUGGUCACCUUCAUGGCCCACGGUGGGCGAGGGGGGAGGCUGCUAGGGGCCGACGGGCAGGAGGUAGAGCCAGAAGAUCUGAUUGCAGAGCUGCUACCUUGCCGGGCCCUAAGUGGCGGCGUCAAGCUGUUCCUGCUUCAGAGCUGCCGGGGCGGGCAGAGAGAUUCGGGAGCUGGAGCUCCAGGUUUCCCCUGGCUGAGGCGCUGGCUGCGAGGGCCCCCAGCCAUCCCCUCCCACGCGGACAUCCUUCGAGUCUACGGCGACGUCAGGGGUAGGUCUUCGAUGCCAGCACCCUCGGGCCUGGACCAAGCGGACACACUGAGAGUCUACGCCGCCGCCGAUGGCUGCGUGGCGUACAGGGACGAGCAGGGGUCGGACUUCAUCCAGACUGUGGUGGAGGUGCUCCUGGCUGCGCCGCCUCACCGCGACCUCCUGGACCUCCUCACCGAGGUAAACAGAAAGAUGUGUGAGGCGGACGUGCUCGGGCCGAACUCCGACGACAUCUGCAAGAUGAACUUGGAGAUCCAGAGUUCCCUGAGGAAGCGACUCUGCCUGCAGGCUCCCCUCAGACUGAUCACCGGAAAAGGAGAGUCUCCAAGAGGAAGGACCCCCACUCAGGAUGAACUUUGAGGUGGGAUUCUGUCUGCCUUGGCCCCCGUCUGCAAGGGGUGAACCUGCCAACUGAAAGGAUAAAAAGAAGGACUGCAGAUUUCUCCCUCUUCGCUGCACUUCUGUCAACAGCCUGGAUUUCUACUAGUUCGUUUUCUUUCAUUUUUGAACAGUUCUGCCCAUUCCGCAGGCAAAUUAAUCCUAGAACAGAUGAACUGUGGAAUUGUUGAUUAUUAUUACGAUAUGCAAUAAGAAUAAUAGUAUUUGUUUAGCUCUCACUCUGUGCCAAGC